UUGAACUCACCAAAACUAGACGCCGUGUUGCCAUGGACACAGGCCUUUUAGUGUUGGAUUGUAAAUUAACUGGGCACACUGGGCUCGAAAAAUGGAGAGGCCUGAAGAAACUGAAAAAAGUCAUUUGGCGAUAAAAAUAACCGUGAAACGUGGACAUAACCUGCACGGAAAGAAUGCAGACAGUCUUCAGACGUUUCUACAAGUUGCAAUGGAUGGAGUGAUGCUGGGAGAGUCAGAUAAGAAAAACGUGAACCCUGAGGAACGCGUUGUUGAAUACAACUUUACGUGCUCCUAUAAUCCACCCAAUGACGCCCAGGCUUUCAGUAAUAUAGCCCAAAAACCAAUCAUAUUUACAGUGAUGGAGGUCCUUCAUGAGGGAAAAAAAGCUAAGGUGAAAUCAGUUGUCCUGGGCCAAGCUGUGGUCGACCUGUUCCCCCUCCUGCAAGGUCAGCGCGACAUUUCAUGCACAAUCCCAGUAAACCCAGUGGUCAGUCCUGGGAUCACAGAAUCUCAGCUGUGGUUCAACCAAAAGCCAUCCCUGGAUGUUUGUGUCAGCGUGUUGGAGCCUCUGCUGUCUGAAGCUGAACUCUCAGCCUUCACCUUCAUGAAGGUAACAGUAGAAUCAGCGUAUUCUGUGCCGGAGUCAUGGACGCUGCCGUCGGACUUAGCUCCCAGCCCCUUUACAUACACCGCUGCCCUGGAGGUUCCUCUAACUGCAGAUCGAGAUCAAGUACUGAUGUUCUGUGAAGGACAGCUGAAGGCAGGGGAGCAGAGGGAGGCCAAAGAUCAUCAGAGAAAGAAGCCCGAUCAAGCCCUGUUGGUGCCAGCUAACCAUGAUUUACCUGGAGCUGUUUUCCAGCCAGAGCCCAUUGAACAUGAGGAUGGAGAGCUAACCAGUUCAGAGGAGCAGUCGUUUCGUAAUGAGGCAGAGAUCACAAAGACCAGGGUGAGUUGGGACACAGAGAUACGAUGCUUCCUCGAUGCUGGUGGAACUUCCAGAUUACAACAGAAAAUCUUAGAGAGCCGACCGUGGACUGUGGAGAUAAUGAGGUCUUCAGUUCCACUAGAAGAGCUAGGAGAGGACAACCCCCAGAUCCCCUUCCAUGGUUUGGCGUUUGUCGACGUGGGCCGAUUGUUAUAUCCUGGAGUCUCUCUCAUCCAUGGAGCAUUCUCUGUUCAGCCUUUCUUUGAGACUGAGCUUCUAAACAAAACCAAGCGGAAAGCCAGUGUGUUAAAGAAGCAGGCGAGGGCUGCAGCCAUACAGGCUAAAGAUCGGGCAUGCUCUGCUGCAAGUGCUUCCGGAAGAAUAACGAAGCACUGGAAAGGAGUGAGUAGGGCAGGCAAAGAUAGCAAAGAGUCAGCUAAAAAGCAAGCUGUCUAUCCCGACAGGGUGCCUGAAGAAGAUGGCACUCCUGAAAGCUUUUCUGACAGUGCGUGGCCAGUAAAUGUAGAAGAAAAUAUGUACUCGAAGGCCAAAACUUACAUUAUCAUCAAGAUAUCAUUGAAUAAACCGCUGGUGCCAAAACCCUCCGCUGAAGAACUGGCUAGAAGGGUGAAGGCGCUGAUCCCUCCCAGACCUGACCACCCAGCUGGUCCUAGCAGAGCAGACAGAGCCGUGCAAUAUUUUCACAGGCAGGUUGGCGACACAGUGGCUGCCAUCUCUGAGCAGUAUGCCGAAUUACUUGGAUCAAAUAACAAUUCUGUGGAAAGCCUAAGCCAUGAGCAAAUGUUGGCUGAGGUGAUGGGAGGCCUUAAUGUGUCUGGAAGAUAUUUCACCUUCAAAGAACAAAUGAAGAGGGCUGUAGUAAGAAUUGUACGUGACAAGAUGCAGCAGACGGAGGCUUUCACCAAUCCUCAAGAGUUGAAAGAAUUUGUCAGCAAGCUCUACGUCUACUUGGUUGAUGAAACGCAUGUGGCUCUGAACAAGAUUUCCUCCAAUAUUGUUGAAGAAGAGUCCAUACAUGAAAUAAAGUUUGAACCAUGUCAGCUAAGACAGUUUGCUAAAGAGGCCCAAUUAACUGGGAAUUAUCAGCAAGCGGCCCAGUACUACCAAGAGUUAGUGGUGAUGCACCCUGAUGAAGCUUUAUGCAAGUAUGAGUGGGGAAGCCUGUGCAUGUUAAUGGGGGACUACAUGAAAGCCAAAGAGUGUUACUAUGACGCUGUGUCCACCCAGCAAACACACCAACCCAGCCUGAUGAUGUGUGGGGUUGUAGCUGUGAUGUUGGAGCAUUACAAAGAAGCCCAGACCUUCCUGGAGCGGGCGACCAGUGUAGACCCGCCUAGUGUCGUGGCCUGGACGCUGCUGGGUUUGCUGCAUUUAAGUCUGAAGGAGUUCAUCCUGUCGGAGAAAGCAUUCCUGGAGGCCAAGAGUCUACUUUUUGAAAAUGAGGCCAAUAAUAAAGGAAAUGUAGACAACAGAAUGAAAAAAAGCGCGGACAACAUAGAAGAAGUGAGGGCUAAGCAGAAGGAAAAGGAGCCAGAAAUUCCUGAACAGUCUCCCACAGCUGAACAAGACCCAAAGUUCUUAGAGCAGGACACAACGGAGCACAUAGAGCCAUCUGAACACAGCAAAAGCUCCAGGGAGCCUCCAGCUGAUCUCACACUCACCAUUUUCACACACACAGUGCAGUUCUUGCUGCAGAACAACGCCCUGCAGAUGGCAGAAUAUGCUUUAUCCCAGGAGCUGCUGUGUCCUGAAGGAGGUUGCAGUUUUGCCUACCUUUUUAACCUGGCCAAGUUACAGCUGCUCAAAAGUGAUUACACUGGUGCUGCUGGGAGCCUGGAAGAAGCACUGGCUCACACAAAUCAGGACCAGAACCCGGAUGCCUGGGCCUUGAAAGGUCACUGCCACUACCUGCAAGGCGAUGUUCCUGAAGCACAGGAGAGUUAUGAGAGGAGCCUGAUCUUUCAGCAACCACCUUCAGACACACACAUUGUUCUCCUUCGCCUGGGAUCCAUCUAUUUCAUGCAGAACAAUUUUGAGCGAGCUAAAGAAAUCUUCCUUCAGGCGUGUGAGCAGUCCCCGUCUUGCCUGACCUGGUUGGGCCUUGGAAAAGCCUUCUACAGGUUGGAGGAGCUGUGUGAGGCUGAAGAUGCUUUAGCCGCAGCCAGUCGUUUGAACACAGUGAAUGCAGAGAUGUGGGCAUACCUUUCUUUAAUCAACCUGAAGUUUGGGAGACAACAGGAGGCGGACCAGUGUUAUAGACACGCUAUGAGGUUGGAUCUGCAGGAUUCUUCCCUCAUCAAGGAGAUCAGCGAGAUGAAGGAUCAGAUUCGAAAGAGUCACCUGGCAUCGUGCUUCAAAGACAGUGCUGAAGUAAAGAUUUAAGCCAUUAAAGCAAAGACAUUUUAAAGCUAUGACGCUAAAUGUCUAUACAUAUUUAGCAAGGAAAUAUAUAUAUAUGUAUAAAAAUUGACAAUCCAAACUGAGACACUGAGAAAAAGAACUUAAUGUAUUUUUAUUGUCUAAAUAGGCCAAAGGUUUAACUGUGUGCAUUAAUCCAGUCAGUGUUUGUGUUUUCACAAUGAAAAUGUCAAUAAGAUGAUUCUUUUAUUCAUCUUAAAUUUGUUUUUUUUGACUGCAACAGUAUUUGUUCUAACUAUCGCGGCUUUAAUGUUAUUGUCAUGUUUUAUUUAGUACAGUGUAUGGUUUCUUUAUUAGCAUAGAUUAACACAGAUUGCCUUUCUUAAAUAAAAUUGUUAUUGUAUUAACAUUUGAAUGUAUUAAAGUAAAAUAAAACAAAUGUUU